CAGUGAAUGAUCUGCGUAGGUUUAUUACAUGUUUGUGUACUGAAGAGUUUCAGUUUAUAAUUUUAAUGGGCUAUGCGGUCCUUGUAUCUAAAGUUUAUUGGUUUGAUCGUCGGAUUUGUGUUUCUGUCCUUGGGAUUCCAGUGGUUCGUGUGGAAACAUGCUCUUGUGCAAGUUUCGAAACACGCAGACGCAGAACAAAAUGUGAAAGAUUCUGUGGUAACGAAGAUAUGUGAGAAAAGUAAAUCAUGUAAUGUUAAAGUGAAGAAAUUGGAUACGCUCGCACCUCCUGAAAAACAGGUAUUGGUUGUGCCCAGUCUCGUCGAUCUAACUGAGUCUGUUCCUAAGAAGGGUAAUGCAGCAAAAGGUCACCAGCAUGUAGCAAAAGUACCUAAACUUAAAAAGCUUACAACCAAAACAACAAAAGUGGUAAGCAUACCAAAACUGACAAAGCCGCAAAAAGGUAAAACACAGAUUGGUGCCACGGCUAGAUCAUACAAUUUAAGCAUCAAAGAACUGAUAUCAAAUAUCAUAUUAUCCAAAUCGGGAUUACCAAUUCAACAUCCGAAGCAUGUUGGUAUUUGGAACACUAAAUCGGGGUCUGACAGAAUUGUUGAACAGAUGUGCUAUAUUCCAAAAUCGUCCCCCAUAUCUGUCAAAAAACCUAAACUCAUAUUGACUGACGGUGGUUCCGGUACUUGGGGUGUAACGCCUGGUAGUGAAACAUUCAAACGUCACAAAUGUCCAGUUCAAAACUGUGAAAUCAUUAAUACUCAUCCCGAGGACGGGGGUAAAAUAGACGCCUUGUUGCUAGGACAAUUUCUGCCGGAUUUGGAAAACUAUAUCAAACUGUAUCGUAAACCUGAAAUAGUGUGGUUAUUUUUCUGCUUAGAAAGUCCCCGGGCGACUACUACAUUUCAUUUAUUAGAAAAUCUUGUGAACUGGACUGCUACAUACAGAAGUGAUUCCACGAUAGUAGCUCCUUAUGAAAAAUGGGUACCUCAUCAAAAUUUAACAGCUGCGAUUAAACCAAAACGGAAUUAUGCCGAAGGCAAAACAAAAAUGACUGCUAUGUUUGUAUCGAAUUGUGCAUCAUCUAACGAUCGACUAUAUUAUGCAUACGAUUUACAAAAAAAUAUAACCGUUGAUAUUUACGGAUAUUGUGGAACAUUAAAGUGUCCAAGGAACGCUGGGUCAAAAUGUUUUGAAAUGAUGAGUAAAGUUUAUAAAUUUUAUUUAGCGUUUGAGAAUGCUAACUGUAAAGACUAUAUAACAGAGAAAUUUUUUGUAAAUGGUCUACAACAUGACGUCAUACCAGUGGUAAUGGGGGCAAGGAAGGAAGACUAUGAAAAGGUCGCGCCACCAAACAGUUUUAUCCAUGUGGAUGAUUUCAAAUCUCCUGAAGAGCUAGCAGCAUAUCUUCAAAAACUAGAUCAAAAUGAUGAUUUGUAUAAUCAAUAUUUUAAAUGGAAGGGGACGGGUAAUUUCCUAAACACAAAAUUCUGGUGUAGACUCUGUGCCUUGCUCAAUGAUGAAAAUAGACCUAAUAUAAAUGUUAACUUAGAAGAAUGGUGGAGAUCCGAGGGGGUUUGUACUAAAGCUAGGUGGAAAACAUAGUCUUAUUCACGUUCUACUUUUAAAGCAUUGUUUUAACUGCAAUAUAGAUAGAUCAUUUGUUUAGUAUGUAAGUCUGUCAUCAUUAGUCCAGCCGGAGCAUAACAGUAGGACGUUUUAACGAUCCCAUUUCAUUUUAUUUAGUAUGUAAGUGUCUCAGAUGCACUAACUUGCUUGGUCAGUGGGGCGUCUCUCCUCGGGUGAACACACUUUGGAUGGACAACUUCGUGGAUAAAUUACCAUUACAUUACUGAAGACAUUAUUCUUCUGGUGUGAUGAAGGACAUAGAGCCUACUGGUUGUGAAUGGUAUUCUGAGGGUCAUUCAUUUUUUAGAUUUGUUUUAGAUGGUGCUUUCGUUUUAAAUUUCAGAUUUCGUUCGUAUUUUAUUUAUGUCACAAAUUUCUUACGUUGAAAGAAAAAACGAUAGGUUAAAUCAUAAGUGGAAAUAAAUCAUUUGUAAUAAUACAAUGAUCUCCCUUUCUCUAGUUUAGCUUAGGAGAAAUCUAUGAUUGAAUGCACUCAACCAUGACACAGAAUACAGGUUAACAGAUUCCUUGAUUUCUAUUUUGUAAAGAAAUGAUUUGUUGUACUUGCUUGAAAACGUUUGAGAGAAUACUCUUCGAAACGUUGCCAAAAAAUAAAUCAGUAAUUAUUCUU